AAUCCAUCCACCCAUCACAACCACAAAACACAACACACUUCCCUACUGUUCAUUUCCUCUUUCUGAAAACUCUUUGUUCUUCCUCUCUGUGAUCAUUUGUAGCUUGUGAAGCUAAGACGUAAUUAGUGAGAAAAAUGGGAAAGGACGUUGAGGUUGCGGAGCAGGGAGAGUACUCGGCCAAGGACUACCAGGAUCCACCUCCGGCGCCUUUGAUCGACCCGGAGGAGCUGACAAAGUGGUCCUUCUACAGAGCUCUGAUAGCGGAGUUCAUAGCCACUCUUCUUUUCCUUUACAUCACAGUCUUGACUGUGAUCGGGUACAAGGUCCAGAGUUCUGCCCCCGGCGCCGACGAUUGCGCUGGAGUCGGCAUUCUCGGCAUCGCUUGGGCCUUUGGAGGCAUGAUCUUCAUCCUCGUUUACUGCACCGCCGGUAUCUCUGGAGGACACAUAAACCCGGCAGUGACGUUCGGGCUGUUCCUGGCUCGAAAGGUGUCGUUGAUAAGGGCGGUGCUGUACAUGGUGGCGCAGUGCUUGGGAGCCAUAUGCGGUGUUGGGCUUGUGAAGGGCUUUCAAAAGACUCACUACAACCAGAACGGAGGUGGUGCCAACGAGCUGGCAGCAGGGUACAACAAGGGAGUUGGACUCGGGGCUGAGAUCAUCGGCACCUUUGUUCUUGUCUACACUGUUUUCUCAGCUACUGAUCCUAAGAGGAGCGCCAGAGACUCUCACGUUCCUGUGUUGGCACCACUCCCUAUUGGCUUCGCUGUGUUCAUGGUUCACCUGGCAACAAUCCCAAUCACCGGUACUGGUAUCAACCCAGCUAGAAGUUUAGGAGCCGCAGUGAUCUACAACCAGGACAAGGCCUGGGAUGACCACUGGAUUUUCUGGGUUGGACCAUUUAUUGGAGCUGCAAUUGCUGCCUUCUAUCACCAAUUCAUCCUCAGAGCAGGAGCCAUUAAGGCUCUAGGUUCCUUCAGAAGUAACGCUUAAGCUUUUUCCCCCCGACCAUUAAAUAAUAUUCCUCAAAGAUCGACGGGGAUGGAUGGUCAUCAUGAUUCAAAAGAAUAACAAUAUCGUAGUGCAUGCAUGCAAGUUGUCCGGUCAGGGUCCCCUUGUAUCUAUCAGUUUCUGUUUCUCAUGGGUUGGAGAGCUGUAAAUGGAGGACCAUGGAAUUGUAGAUAAACAUGCCUAUGGGCGGGGUGUUUCUUUCUUUUUUCCUUUUUCUUCUUUCCUUUUUUUUUUUCUUUGGAUUUGCAUGUAUUUAUGUACUGGUGAUUGUCGUCCUUGUUUAUCCGUAAUUUCUUCUGCUUUUUGGUGUACUCAGGUUGUUUCUACCUUAAGCUAUUAAAAUGGGUUGUGGACUUGUGGUCCUGAUAA